UACCACACACACGGCUGCCAUCUGUCGGCGGCUUGACCAGCACCAGCACAUCCGGGACUCAGUGUUAUGGCGGCCACGAAGGAGGACGGACGCGCUGCACCUCCUCCCGCCGCUUCCUUGCAACGUAGUGCCGAGGAGCGCAGAGAGAGCGAGGCAGGGGGCGUGAUAGCUGAGGGCGCCGCUACGAGAAGGAGGAAUUUCCCCGGCACGUGCGAUCAGGGGCUAGGCGUGAGUGUGGCCCGCCAGCCCCCAGUAAUGGACCCACACUAUGAUACGGAAACCCCCCUCUGUACUGCGGAGUCUGGACCGCUAGACACCAGCGACCACCACCACCACCACCGCCACCACCGUCACCACCACCAUACGCCACGCCACCACCCGCGCCACCAUCACCACCACCACCACCAUCACCACCACAAGAAGAAGAAGCACAGAGAGAGAGAGAGGGAGAGGGAGAGAGGACACCCCAAGAAACACAGGCAUAGGGAGAAGGAGAGGGGGGGUGAGGCAAUCCUGCGGUGGAGAGGGGACAAUGAGAGCAGCGGCGGCAGCGGCGGUGGCACACCCGAAAGAGGACAGGAGAGAAGCUACACCCCCCCACCACUCCGCCUGGCCCCUCGGAACCACAUGGGGUCCUCAUCUGAUGGGGGGGACUCUUCGGAUUCCCUCUCCCUCACACCCUCCCCCCCUCACCACCCCCGCCAGAACCACACCCUUCACCCCCACCCCCCGGAGCCACCCCGUGUCCCCCCACAUCCCCAGUUGGGCUCAGCAUCUCCCCCCAGCCCCACUCUCCCCCCUUCGUCAUCAUCCCCCUCCCCUCCCACCCAGACUUCAGUGAGGGGGUCAGACACCCCCCCAAGUAAUUCCCCAAGCACCCCCACCCCCAUUCCCUGCCCCUCUCUCCCAAUCGUCACCCCCACCUCCCCCCCUUACACCCCCAAUACAGUCCGGCCCACCUCACCCCCACAGUCACCAUCUCUUAGUCCUGCCUGGCCCCCCCACCCCCCACCUCAGUCACCUGAGAUUCCCCCACCCCCUCCCAAGUCCCCUGCCGUCCCUCACACCACCCCUGGGUCCCCCAGUCCUGAUCCCCAGGAGCCCCCCACCAGUCCAGACAGAGGGGUGGUGACUGGAGAGGCAGCAGGGGGUAGUCCACCCCUCCCUCCACCCACGCCCCCUCCCCCUCCUCCACCAGCCUCCCCAGGAACCCCUCCCCUCCCCCAGUGCCCCACCACACCCCCACCUCCCCAGGCGCUCCACCUCCCCUCCCCAUCUGCCUCUCAGUCUGCCCCACAUUCCUCCCCCCACAGUGAAUCUCAGUCCCCAGGCCCCCCCACUGCCCCGGACCCCCCAGCACCCCCUGGGGAAGAGGCUCCGGAGAGGGACACACCCUCCCCCUUGCCAGACUGUCCCAUAGAGUGCCCCAAGUCCCCUUCUCCCCAGUUUGGCUCCCCCUCCUCCUCCCGCUCCCCGUCCCCCUCACCCCUGCCCCCUACCAGAUCCCGCAGCCCUGUGCCGCCUCCCAGCCCCGCCCCACCCCGCAGCCCACACAUGGAGGUGCCCACCAUCCUGUCCCCAACCCACACUCCCCUCAAGCUGGAGGUGCUGUCCCCCCCACCCCCACGGUCCCCACGGGGCAACCUGCCCUCCCCCACCACCCCGGCCAGGCCCCGCCACAACCCCACGCCGAAGUCGCCGCGUGGGCGGGGCAGCAGCCCGCCCCGUGCACCGCGGCCCCGCUCCCCCAUGGACUUGCCACUGCCCCGGUGGCGGCCAGACCCCGUGGUGCGGCAGAAGAGUCGCCCCGCGCCCUGCCCCAUCCUGUCCCCUGCCGCCGAGACCGCCCCGCCGCGCCCCGUCACCAUCCCCCCCUCUGCUGAGAAGCUGCGGCGCUUCAGUGAGGAAGAGGGGCUGGAGGGGCGGGGUGGGGCGGGGCAAGGGGGCGAGGGCCACGACACAGCGGAGAGUGGCUUUGACGACGGCAGCGACCUGUCCCCCGACCACAAGCCGGAGGCCCCCGCCUGCCCCAGGGCUCCGGCGGGGGAGGAGGCUCCCUCCACCCCUGCUGCAGAACAGGGGGAGGAGCCCCACACCCCUGGCACCCCUGCUACUGCUGCCGCCGCCACCACCACCACCACGACCACCACCACCACCACUACUACCACCACCACACCCCCCAAGCUGGACUUCAAGAGUGAGGUGCUGGACGAGCUGAGCAAGUUUGCUGAGGAGGGCGACACCUCCAUCUACACCGGCCCCACGCCGCGGCCCCCUCGCCCUGAGGGGGAGGCUGAGGCACCCCGGGAGGAGGAGCCGCCGCCACAGUCCCGUGGGGAGUCCUACAUCAAGACCUCCACCCUCAGGAAGCCCCCUACCUCCUCCAAGAAAAGUAGCGAUGCCCCCAGCACCCCCCACACCCCCAGGCGAGAGGAGGCAGAGUGUGCCACGGAGGGCCCCAGCCCCACACGCCGCGUGGAGGACCGCUGCCCCGCUCCCA